AUGGCCAAUUCUUUAAGAAGGGAAGUAUUGAAUCUUUAUAAAAAUCUGCUGUUCCUUGGACGAGACUAUCCAAAAGGAGCAGACUAUUUUAAAAGGCGUCUGAAGAAUGUUUUCCUUAAAAACAAAGAUGUAAAGGACCCAGAGAAGAUCAAAGAACUUAUUGCACGGGGCGAAUUUGUAAUGAAAGAGCUAGAAGCUUUGUAUUUCCUUAGGAAAUACAGAGCUAUGAAACAACGCUAUUAUUCAGAUACCAACAAAACUAACUGAUCAUUGCUAGUUUGACUGAAAAUCGGUGCCAGCUGUUUAUAACAAAUAUUAUAAAAAUAAUUCCAACUUAAAAUGGCAAGACAUACACGUCAUAUAAAAAAUACCUAGGCUGCCUUUACUGAACUAAAAUAGUUUCAGCUUCUAUUCAUACUGAGGGCUUUAUUAGCAACCUUUUAUGUUCAAUUUUUAUAAUAAAAUACCAAUUUAGCUACAUAAUGUUGCCAACUACUAAUUGUAAGUAAAUGAGCACCAGUUCUAAAUGAAAAGGCAGUGUACUUUAACUUAAUAGGUUUUUGCCAGUUUUUAGCCCAUUUCUCCAUUUUACUGACAGUGCCACUUAAUUCCCAUUUAACUAGGCAAAAUAAUUCCUUCCACAUUUAUUCCUUUAACUUUUGAAGGAGUACCUUAUUUUUUACCCCAUUUGGUACAUUGCCAGGUUCACUACAAAACAAAUAGCACCUGGUCAUGAUUUAAGUGCUAAAAAUAAUAAUAUAUACAGAGUAAGAUUAUUUCUGAUCUCGAAAUAACCCUGGUUCACAGUUAAUGGUACAUGGGCAAAUAAGACUGGUAGUGAAGAGCGAACAACCCAUAGGGGUUACAUGAUGGAGCUGGCAACAUCCAGUGGAGUACGUUGUGCUUCUUUAUGUGUAAUUUGUUAAUGCUGCUAGGAAGGCGGCUCCCUGACACAUGAUGGCCUGCCAAUGGUUGGCAUUACAUACACACCUACUCAGUUCUUCCAUUAUUUUGCUGUUGGCUCCCUGUGAACCUUAAAACAAAUCACCUGUUGUGUAUCAAUUACCUUCUUUGAUAAAAGUAAUAAUGUUAUUCUAUUCUUUUGUCAUAAAGGCAGAUCUGUUUUGCACCUACUUCUAAAUGUGUUAACAUGGCAAUGGACUUAAACCUAAGAUGGUCUUAGGUUUAAGCAAAAUCUUAAACCUUUACAUAAUGUUCAUAGCACCUUUCAUAAAUAAAGAAUAUUUCUAACAAGCUGCAAAAAAGAUUUACUAAUAUAUGAUAGUGUCUGUGGCUUAUAUACUAUUCCCUAUUAAUUGUGGGGCAAAUGUUCCAAAUUUAUACCAAGAAAUACACACUAUCAUAGUCACCAUAACUAUUUUUAUUACAUUACAAUAAUUAGGAGCAGUACAGUUCAUGACAAAAAUAUUACAAAUUUCAGAUCACUUCACAGCACAUACUCCUAUAAACAUUUAAAAGUUAAUUUUAAUUAAAAGAGUGGUCAUUUUUAAAUUUAAUGUUUGACAUGACCAACAUUCCUAGGUCAGCGCAACCAAAUGAUGGAAAACAACUGGAUCACACUGCAUAUGUCCCACAAAAAAAAAAAAAAAA